UUGCGCGGUGAGACCCUGCUGCGUUUGGACAUGAAGGAUUUUUUAUCUUGCUCCAAUAUAAAGAGUACGCUGGCACCCGGGUUAUUGUGAAGAGUCUGCGAGCUGCUGACACCAUGAAUGAAGAAAACGAGAGCGUUUGUGUGAACAGGUCACUGAUGGAGCAGGACUUCUUCAGCAACCUGGAAGACAUCGACGUGACAGCCGAUGGGAGCCCGAUACUGAGAUUUCUCAUUUGUCUCGUUUAUUCUGUUGUCUGCGCUGCGGGUCUGAUUGGAAACCUACUUGUCCUCUUCUUCAUUAGGGUCAAACAAGAGAGGAGGAAGUCCAGGGUGAACUUCUUUGUGCUCAACUUGGCCGUGACGGACCUGCAGUUUGUCCUUACUCUGCCCUUCUGGGCCGUGGACACGGCGCUUGACUUCAGCUGGCCGUUUGGAGACGCCAUGUGCAAAAUCAUCCUUUCUGUCACAGUCAUGAACAUGUACGCCAGCGUGUUUUUCCUCACUGCCAUGAGCGUGACCCGCUACUGGUCAGUCGCCUCUGCUCUGAAGAACAGAACUGUCCAGAAGUCAUGUUCCGCCAAAUGGAUCUGCGCAAUCAUUUGGACACUGGCAACUCUAGCGACUGCGCCGACGUCGAUUUUCUCAACUGUCACCAACGUAACCGGAGAAAAGCUCUGUUUGCUGAGGUUUCCCGGUGGCCAGUAUUGGUUAGCAGUUUAUCACAUACAGAAAAUAACUGUGGGGUUCGUCCUGCCAAUGUCCAUCGUGUCCUUCAGCUACAUAAUGCUGUUGCGUUUCAUCCACAACCGGAGUAUGAAAACCAGCAACCCCAAACGGAGAUCCCAAGUCACAAAAUCUGUCACCAUCGUCGUAUUGUCAUUCUUCCUUUGCUGGAUGCCAAACCACGCCAUCACCUUUUGGAGCGUGUUGGUCAAACUGAACGCUGCGAACUGGGACAGAGCUUAUUACAUUGUCCACACAUACGUGUUCCCGCUGACCGUGUGUCUGGCGCACACUAACAGCUGCCUGAACCCAAUCAUUUACUGCCUCAUGAGGAAAGAGUUCAGGGACAAACUGAGAGGUCUGAUACACAGAGGAUAGUGUUUGUAGAACUUGGACAAUUUUGUGUCAGAGCGCGAAAUACAUGGACAAAAAAAAAAAAAAAAAAACAACCAAGACGCACGAAACGACAUAAAACCAUCCAGAGAGGAGAUCUUUCAGAAAGACAGACAAGCAACAUGGUCACUAGAUUCUGCACGUAAAAAAAAAUGUCUCACUUUCAUCGGUGUAACGUCGCUAAUUUCCCUUAUGCUACAACCAUCGACUGUUUAGGGCGCACACAAGUAGAAACUUAAUGUAAACGUGUUACACAUGAGAUGAACGUGGCACAGCUUAUGUGAGGCAUGUUUUAUGUGAGGCAUUUCUGUUCCACAGCCCGUGCGUAAUUGCGCACGACAUUGACCGUUGGUGUGCUCGCGUUAUUACUGAACUGGUGAACCGUGGCUAAACGCUUUCUACAUCAGUCUGUGACUUUCAUACGAAAUAAAAUAACCAGUGUACGAUACGUGUAAUCAUAGGAAUUCAUAUCAUCAUUUUCUGAAGCGAGGAAUGUUGGAAAUCAUGUUUCGAAAACAGGUUAUUGUCUCCGGAGUGUCAAAGUCAGUUAUUAGGACGUAAGAAAAAAACAAAGACACCAUAAUGAAUCGAAUGCUAUUGCUGUAAAAAUAAAGAGCUGUAUCUACGUCGCGUAACAAUAAAAAAAUAAAAUAAAUUGAAGUUGC